AUGUUCAUUGCAGAAGCUGGCAGUGUCGUGAAGGGGAAGCCAGUUGCGAAGCCCUGCAAGCCAGAGCGUAGAAAGGUAAAAAAAGAGGAAGAAAUAUCGGCCUUGGAAGACAGCGGAUCUUUGCCAUUUGAUUUGAUCCGUAAACGAUUAAAGAAGAUGAAGCAUGAGGCAAUCAUUGUUAAGGAAGAUCAAGUUUUAAAAACCAUUCGAAAUCCUGUUUCGCCAGAUAUGUACAUGACAGAACAAGGUGGAUUUGAACUUGGGCUUGAAAAGCCUUUCUCGCCGAGAUCGGAAGAUGACCAAAAUAAACACGAAGCGCAUCUUAGUCUACUGCGACAAAGUAUCCUCGAUGAAUUGGUUGACACUGGAUGCUCUGCCGAGAAGCAUCUUGCUCUUUUCAACGGUUACUUUGAUGAUGAGUUGGAACGACGAUCAGCAUCGGCAUCGGUAGUGCGCAGCACGGACGACAUAUUUGAAGCUCAUGUUGGUGACGAUAAUGAUGAUAUUGACCAUCGAGCUGAUGUUUGUGCUGAUGAUGUUGGUGGUGGCAGCGGUGAGGAAAUUGCUGAUGAUAAUGACGACACUAGGAUAAUUCGAGUGUAUGAUGUGCUGGGAGCUAAAGCCAUGUCCAGUUUUUGUUCAGAAGCAGAAGCCGGCGCAGACGAAGCUGAGAUUUUUGGUGUGAAGUAUUCGGUCAGGCAGAGACGGAUAAAUGCACCUGCUGUGAAACGAGCUAUUGGAAGUAUUUUAUCGAAUCCAAAGGAGAUGAAUGAUGAUCCAACGUGCGAAUUACGGCAUGCUGAAGUAGCAGUAACAGAUUUCCAACUUUCCGGGCGACACACUUUUUCAUCCGUUGUCGCGCGUCUUCCUUCGUAUGUGGCCGGUCGAACGGCUGAUGAUCUCAGUCCUAUCAAUGCUUUCUCGGUGCUUUUGCAUCUGUGCAAUGAAAACAAUUUGGAACUUUUGCAACGGAAAAACGAAAAUGGUUUGAUAAAGGAAUCAGGAAUGGGUGAUUUUACAAUUGUAAAUGCUCGAAAAAAAGAUGUGAAUUAUAAGCACACGACCUCGGAACACCGAUAA